GGAGCACCGUCUCCAAGAGAAUUUCAGAAAUAAUUUGCUCAAAGUGGAUAAAAUUGUUCAUGCCUGAGCAGGAGAAAAGAGCCGCCAAAAGUUCUUUCUACGAAGAAUUUGGUAUUCCGGGUGUGAUUGGAUGUAUUGACGGCACGCACAUCAACCUAUUGCAACCACAAGACGGGUCUGCUUUUUUUAACCGAAAAGGAAAUUUUAGCAUUAAUGCAAUGAUUAUUUGCGAUCAUAAUAUGGUUAUUAGAGCUAUUGAUGCUUGUCAUCCCGGUUCUAGCCAUGACUGCUUUAUAUGGAGCAUGAGCAAUGCAAGACAGUUUGUCAUGACGAAGUAUCGAGAUGUUGAUCACAAUUCGUGGUUAUUGGGCGAUGCCGGGUAUGCUCUGGAACCUUUUCUAUUAACACCAUAUAGAAAUCCAGAACCACGGUCUAUACAACACGCGUUUAACAAAACACAUUCUUCGGCACGUAAUAUAGUUGAACGAACAAUUGGGUACAAACCAAAAAAGGUUGUGAAAAUAAUUAAUGUAUGUGUUGCCUUGCAUAAUAUUUGUCGCCACUAUAAUCUUGAAUAUGACUAUGAUGAACCUGAAGAAAACGCCAGCGAAGUAGAUAGAUUUGUACCAACAGACAUUAACUUGCAAAGUGAAGCACAAAGAAUUAGAGACGAAAUUGCGAAUAAUAUUAUAUAA